AUGUGGGAGCUGGGCUCUCACUCCCAGUCUGCCAUGUCCUCGUCAGGAAAAGCCACCGCAUCCUCCUCCUGCCUCUCCUCCGAGUGCUUCGACCUCCUGACCAGGUCCUGCGUCAAGUGCUCCGACUUGUUCAAGGACAACACAACAGAGCCCGCCCGCACAGCGCCCACCUCCGCCCUGGCCCCCACCCUCCCCUCGGUGGACCUGCCCAGCACCCUCCUGAUCUUUGGGGUCCCAGCAGUGGUGGUGCUCAUCCUGGCUGCGGCUGCCCUCUGGGGCUUCCUGGCCUGCAAGGUGGGGAAGCGGAGGAGGAAGAGGAAGGCGGCAGACGAGGAGGCCAAAGCAAACAUGGACGCUGCCAGCCCGCUGCCCAGCCCGGGCUGCCAGGACCCUGCUGUGCCAGAGGGAGAUGCCGGCCUGGCCCUGGCUCCAUGCCUGCAUCUCAACGGAGGCCUGAACAUGGUGGGGCCACCCAGGAAAGCCGGGGCAAAGCGGAGGCCGUGCUGCCAGGGCGAUGCCGAUGGCGACAUCAUCCUGCUCUCCGCUGUGUACCCCCAGCACGAGGAGUGCAACCACAGCUUCCCGCUGCCCGCCACCGAGCUGGGGGCCACGGCCCUGGUCACCACCAAAACCACCCAGAACUGUGCCGGAGAGGAGAGAGCCUGA